AUGGUCGAAAUGGAAGUGGCGGGAGUGGACAGAGUGGCAAACAAGCGGGUGGAGGCGGAGGUGGAGGGUUUUUCGGUGGCGGAGGAGGAGGCGCAGGUGUUGACGGAGCUGGAGGCGGUCGUAGUCGGGAGCAGUAUGUUCAUCUUCGGAGGCACAGCGGGAGGUACUGGCUCGGAACUGAGCGACUUGUAUCGACUGGAUUAUACCCCCAGUGUGGCGCUCGGUGUCGCGCCAACUGCUCGAUGGACGCAACUUGCGUCUCUGACCGACAGAGAAAGCCCCAGUAUCGCUGAGAGGAGAGUUCAUGCAGGACGGGCAACGUUGCUGACUCCGUUUGAGUUGAUGGCUGUCGGGCGUGGACUCAAGUCUCCUCGACGAGCGUCUCUCGGGUCCAGGACGGCGAUGGCAGCUUCUCGCUUCGAGUCGCAACUGGACGUUCGUUUGAAGCGUCUCGAAGAUCUGAUCGACGGAUGGAGAACUGUCGCUACUGCAUCUGGAGAGGAUGAGAGCGCUCUUGACGAACAGCGUCCUGUGCCUCGGUACUGGGCUGCUAGCGCCUUUGUUUCCUCACUGCCAGGCAGUAAGGUGCCGCGUGUAUUCCUGUUCGGCGGCCAAGAUGACACGACGCUGCUGGACGAUUUUUGGAGUCUGGAACUGGCUCAGCUAGAUGAGGAUUUCCCUCAAGAUCGUCGAAAGAGUCAACGGAUCAGAGCGUCCACCAACCACUGGCUGGCCGCGUCCGCUGUUUGCUUUUCAGCUUCAUUCGCGAAUCUGCGUCGGAGACCACAAGCGCAUCGAAUUGCUGCCAGCGGGCAAGUGUUCAUUGGCAGCAAUUCGUCAGCGGCACCUCGGUAG